CCCCGCGUCUGAUUCGUUACUUGAACCUCGUUCGGUGCUACAAGUGGAAGGACCGCAGUGCACCGUCAGGCUGGUGAAGACAGCAACCGAAUAAACGGCCAGUAACUGCGGCAUCGCGUUAAGAGGAUCCAGUUUAACUUAUCUUUACUCAUGUCACCCUGCUCUCUAAACUUUAUUAAUAUAUUUUAUUUCGCAAUAUUGGUUUGGGAAAGUUGCUUUACCAACAAGAAUAUCUGCAACUGCUGAGAGUAUAUUCUGAUUCAACAAAAGGCAAUGAGAGGAAAAGAGAAACAAAUGAAAAUGGGAGAAUGGAGCCUACACAAAAGGAAAACCACAAGAAAGGGGGCAUUGGAGGAAGAUAGAUUAGAUGAGGCCGCUGUUGAUAAGGAAAUCCAGAAGGUGGAGAUGUUUUUGAAGAUUUUUCAAGAGAAAGAAGAGGUCAUUGAGUAUAAAAUCAACAAGCUGAAUGAGGCGGUGAAGUACCUGAAUCCAUUAAGGGCUCGAACUCAAAUAGCAGGUCUACUGAUCUUUGGGGGUUUGGUGUUGACAUCUGCUAUGAAACUUGGAGCUUCCUUACAAACUGCUGUUUUCAUCUCCAUAGUAGUUACAUUUAUUUUUGUACUUGCUGACAAAAAGUCAUUUAAAUACAGAAUGCGUGAAUUAAAGGAAAGUACUACAUUAGGCCUCCUGGAAGUUGGCUUGUUGGCCAGUGGUGCUGCAGAAGCCCUUUUAUGGUUAAGUAAGAUACCUGAAUCAUCAGCCCAGGGUGGAAAAAUUCAGCGCUUCUUGAAAGUGUUACGGACAGAGGUAUGUCUCAGGAAGCUAAUGGAAACUGUAUCCGAGUUAAGCUUGAGGGAAUAUGACUGUGUUGAAGGGACAACUUUGAGUGCACAAGAGAAAAUAUUCCUGGAGAUUUUCCCUCAUCGCCUAGACCAGCUCUACUCAAUGUUUGAAGCCAUCAUAGAAGCAGACACUGACCAAGACAGCGAACUUAAUUCCAGACGGAUUUGUGAGUGUGCAGAGAAACUGCAGGAGAACCUCAAAGCAAUCCAUUGUAUUUAUUCAGAAUUAACCAAAUUUUCUAAAGUGUAGGCUGCCCAACUUUCUAGCCUAGAGGACAGUUUGCUUAAGGCUCCUCUCAAACUGUCAGAAUUCUUCUGUAAUACCGAGAGAGUGAAUUUAAGAUUAAGUCAGGAAGCUUGGUUCAACCAAAUUGCAAAUUGAAUGUGUAAAAGGCAGCAAAUUAGGAAACAAUCUUAUCAGACUGUGCACACAAGGGUAGGUUUCAAGUGCAUGGAAAGUGUUCUUCAAUAUGUACACAUUGCUUUGUUAUGAAUCCCCAAUAGAGGACAGCAUACUUCUUUUGUAUCAGUGUACAAAGGGUGAGCUGUAUUUUGUUGCUGCUGUUGGUUAUCCUGACUAUUUUAUGUCUGCCUCAGUUCAGAACAGUGCAUAUUGUAUUUAUGAGCAACCAUACAGUUUAAAAUUGGGUUCAGCAGUAGGAUGCCAUCUUUCUGGACUUGCAAGUUCAGAGUGAAUAAAAACAGGUGUCUCAAAAACGGUUACUUCAAAGGCAUCCACAUUCUUGUCUUGAAAUUGAACAUUUGGUACAAUGGCACAUUGAUUAUUGUUGUUGCUUUGCAUAAAGUAGGGAGGAUGGGAACUCCCAAGUUAAUAACGCCACAUCAGCUCAUGUUAGUUUGCUUUAAUGGACUUCAGCAUGCACCUUUCAAUUUUAAAAUGCCCAAGCAGAAAAAGCCAGCAAAACUGUGAUUUUAUCACUCGUGUUUGGUCAUUGAACCUCGUAAGUAUAUUUGUCCAGGUGCCCAGAACUGCUAUGUCUUGACUUUUUGCUUUCCCAUUUUCUGCUGUUCAUAUUUAGUUUUUGUGUUAACAGGAAUUUACUGCAUGUCAUCGUGACUUUGUCUAUAUUAAAAACUGGGAUUCAUUUCUGUUGUUUAUUUACCUUGAUAUCUAUUUCCAUAUAUUUAGAUAUUUUAAGACUUUCUACUUCUACAUCCAUUCGAAAUGCUGAGCCCCUCAAUGUGUUUAAGAAGCAUUUGAAGACUGUCUUGUUAGGUAAAUUUCUGUCUAACAGCUGUUAGGUUUUGCAACCUAGAAAUUGUAAUUCACUUUUGUAAUCUAGCUCUGUAAAAUUUUUUCCUAAACAUCCCCCUAUAAUUAUGUUUACUUGAUUAUGUUGUUGUUUUUGUAAGUGUAAGUUGCUUUGGAUAAAAGUGUCU